AUGCGCGUUCUCUUGCUGCUUCUUGGAUUGGCACUGUUUGCUCCGAGUUAUGAAUUUUAUAGAAACAGGUACGAAAUUGUCAACUUCGACAGAACAGGAGCACAAGCUUCCAUCGAGGAACUGAAAAGUGGUUUUGAGAUUCUAAACGGAUACGUGAAGUCUUUGUUCAUUCGAUCACCGGUUGAUCAGCGAUGGUCGCCACCUGGUGGUGAAAUGAAUACUUCAGCUGCUCCCUUUCGAACUCAAUUCCACAUUACGUUGAAAUCGGCAAGCAUUAGGUCUGCAAAUCUGAAAUUGCGAAGCGAAAAUGUGGAUUGCAUUAGCUGA